UUCAGUUAGAAAGCAUUCUAAUCUGCGCAAACAAAACGUGAGAAUUAGUCGCUUCUUUGGUGAUGUCGAGCUCCUCGUGGUUUAUGUGGCGGCCGGGCGUUGAUUGUUAGUAUAUACGUCGAUUAUAUUUAGUACACUUCUUGACCGUGGCAGUGAUUUGUCUCGCGUCUUGGAUGCAGUUCCUACUUGGCUGUGAUAAUGAACGGACGGUGGCUAGGAUUGAUAGCUGUGGUGUUAUUGGCGGGAUUGGUUGUUCCGUUGAACGGGGCGAGGAUCUUGGGAGUUUUACCGUCGGCAGGAUGGUCCCACUACGCGAUCGGGGAAGGUAUCAUGAAGGCUCUGGCCCGGGCUGGACACGACGUAACCGUUAUCGGUGCACACCGUUGGAAGGAUGCGCCCAGCAACUAUCGCGCCAUCGAGUUGAAAGAGUUAGUGUUCGAUAAAGGAGGAUCUGCGCCGAAUCUGUUCCAGUACCGCAACGCUCCGUACUUGAACGUGCUUUAUCAGCUGUACACCGAGAUUGGGCCGGCCUUAUCGGAAAUGAUUCUGACACACGAAAACGUGAAAGAAUUUCUGGCUUCUAAUCAGUCAUUUGACGCCGUAAUUGUGGAAUGCUUCGUGAGCGACGUUUUGUACGGAUUUGCACAGCAUUUUAAGGCUCCGUUGAUUGUGUUUUCUCCUUUUGGGGCGUCUUUGUGGGCCAACGAGCUUGUCGGAACGCCGUAUCCGUACUCCCAGAUUCCACACACCUUCCUCAGCUAUACGGAUCGCAUGAGCUUCUGGGAACGUGUCACCAACACGCUGCUCUGGAACGUAGAUCACUUCUAUUACAAGAAUGUUUUCCUGCCUCGCCAAGAAGCGAUGUACGACAAGUACUUCCCCAAUGCAACUGUUUCGUUGGAACAGCAAAGAAAAAAUACAAGCUUAGUGCUGUUGAAUCAGCACUUUAGUUUGAGCUUCCCACAUCCGUAUGCCCCGAACAUGAUUGAAAUCGGCGGCAUUCAGAUGGACGGACCAAAGCAGCUGUCCAAAGACCUUCAAGACUACCUGGACAACUCCAAACACGGCGUCAUCUACUUCAGCAUGGGCUCCAUGCUCAAAGGAUGCAACUUCCCCGAAGAGAAACGCAACGCCUUCAUCAGCGCCUUCGCCCAACUAAAAGAAAACGUUCUCUGGAAGUACGAGAACACAAGCCUCCCCAACAAACCAAAGAACGUCCUCAUCAAGCAGUGGAUGCCCCAGAACGACAUCCUGGCUCAUCCAAACGUCAAACUCUUCAUCACCCACGGUGGUCUGCUCGGCUCAACGGAAUCCCUGUACCACGGCAAACCCAUGGUGGGCGUCCCCAUCUACGGCGACCAACGGCUCAACAUGGCACGCGCCCGGAACGCAGGCUACGGAACCAGCGUAGAGUACGAACACCUGUCCCAACAGUCAAUCUCCGAAGCCAUCCAAACCGUCCUCGCCAACCCCUCCUUCACAACCAACGCUAGACUUAUCUCCGACCGAUACCGGGACAAAAUGGCCACCCCGGCGGAAACGACCGUAUUCUGGGUCGAGUACGUGAUCAGACAUCGGGGCGCCCCCCAGCUGCACUCGGCCGCACCCGAGCUAUCCUACGCCGAGCGGAACCUGUUGGACGUGUACGGAUUGAUGUUAUUAUUAGUGGGGUUGGUGUUGGCCGCUGUAAUUCGGGUGGUAAGAUCCGUGUUGGGAUUAUUUGGUUCGUCGCCAAAGGGGGAAAGUGGUGCCAAAAAUAAACGCGAGUGAGAACGACGUGAUGGGGGAUGAUGAUCGAAGCUUAAUGUGGGAUGAUGAGUUCAAAUAUUUAUCUGGUCGAUUGAAAGCGCACA